GUCCAGCACACAAGGAAACACAGGUAUCAUGACCCUGCUCGAGGACAACCUCCAACAACAGAUGCCUUACCCUUAACUGAGUCUCAAGGUAGAAUAAACAUCUCUAAAAAUAUGAUGAGAAAUCACUGAGGAACUUUUUAUUAUUUUUUUUUGAACACAUUUGAAGUUUCCUCAACUUCAGGGAUUGUUAAAGCAACAUGAGUGUGAAGAGGAAAAAGGCCGGACUUGUCAUCAGCUGGCACAAGUCAAUCUCCAUCCUGGCUCCUUGGAGGAAAGGGAAAGGAGACAGAGAUGCAGUAUUGGAUAGCAAGGUCGUUCUGACGAAAAUGAAGCUCAUCAGUAACUUCCAUGAGAGGCUCCUGAUGUCUGGAGACUCUACGUCCACAAUGUCUACAGUAUCAGUUUCUGUACAGGACGUAUCGGAUUUCACUAAAGCCCCAGAGGUGAAUCCCCACCUCGAUAAGUCUGGACAGCCUCAGGUUGAAACCAGCUCGGACUACCUGCCUGCCCAUUUCUCAGACUCUCAGCUGCAGAGGUUAUACAAGUUUGAAUCAGAGGACUCUGGAGUGGAUCUUCCAAGUGGCGCUAACUCUCCAUCCACCCCAACAGGCUCCGAGCAGAGCUUUGUGGUUCACAGUCGAGAGUCCUCCUGCGAUUCCUCUUGCAACUUAAACUCUGACACUACCACUCUCCCUGAUAAACUAGUCAGACAUGCACAGAGCUCUGAGAUUAAACAGGCAGAGGACUCGGUGGAUAACAGUUUGGGUACAACAGUGAAUACACAGGACAGUGUAUUCAUACACUCAGAAGAACUCUGUUUUUCUGCUGUGACAGCAGAACUUCACAUGGAUAAGGAUGUGGAUAGAGACCAGAGUAGGGCUUCAGCAGAUAGUCCUGAAGGAGAUGAGCUGUCUGAACAUCUUGAGGAGACCAGGGCAGCAACUGAGAGGACCUGCUCAGAGGAUAUGAGGUCUAGUAAUCAACUCUCAACAGAAACCUGUGAUGGCAUGUUGGGCUGUGACUUACAGUCAGAGCCAAUAAGGAGGAGUGCCACCAGUGACAGCCUGGAGGAGUACAUGGAUGAAUGCUGCAGACUGAGUGAGGCACAGGACGUGAGUUCCAACCCUUUGGGUUCAGGCCUUGGUUACCUGGAGCACAUCUGCCAGCUCAUCGAGAAGAUCGGCCAGCUGCAGGAGACCAACCUCCGGCUGCAGAGGCAGAUCUGUGGGCUGGAAAAAGACAGUAGGAUGACAAAAACCAAAGAGGACUUUUUCAACCAGCACUGCUGCUGUGGAGCCGCCAGCUUCAGCUUCCAGCACGUUCAGAAGAGACCCUCCAGAAGUGAAUGUUUGUCACCCAGUGGAACCCUCUCCGACCUGUCCACCAUCCCCGAGGUCACACAGCUCAUUCCAAGUACGAGAGAAUGGGGCGGAUCUGCUCCAGCCGGAGAUGUGGAUUCGGGCUGCUCUGCAUGGUGGGGGAGCUUAUCAGACUUGAGGAGUGAGGGUUUGACACCCGUCCCGCUGUGGAGGAGAGGCUUGAACCGAAGGAGUUACACUGAGGGGGAGGAACUCUUCCUCGGGGACAGCACCGAAGGGCUCUCCAUCCCCCAGCGCAGGCUGAGUGAAAACUACACCUGGGGCAGAGUCAAAGACCUGGUGAGGAAAACUAAGACAAGGAACCAGAGCAGACUGGGACUGACCUCCGCCUCACUGAAGAUGUCCUGCCCACAUCUCUACAGGCCUGAUCUGGGACCAGUAGAACCUGCCAGCAGAAACAGGAACUCCAUGAUUGUUUUGGGCCACCAGAGCAAAAUGGACUUCGCAUGGCUACAAUAAAUAUCCAGAUCAGAUUCAGACGGUCUCAUGUGGGGAAAUGACGCAGAGAUGGUUCAAGAGAGGAAGAGAAAAAAGCAGGAAAAGGAAAGAGGGAUGGAAGUGAGGGAAUUCAAAGAGACGACUUUUGUACGAGGGCUGAAUGAGGAUUGUUUGCUGCUUCAAAAGGAGAAUGAGAUGAAAGUGAGGCUACUGUUUUUUUCAAAAUGAUCUACACUGUGACAUAAUGUAAUUUAACUGCAUUAUAUUGUAAUAUAUAUUUUCUGUUGAUACCAUUUACACCAGUGUAAGUUUCCUUUCCUAUGCUGCAAAAUCUGUAAUAAUCCACAUAAUGUGAAGCCUACACAUAUUUCAUUUUUUUUUAUAUUUCAGCUGUUCAUUUUGUAAGAUGUUGUAAAUGCUUCUACUCAAAGAUGUAUGUGUAUGUGAUGUUGUAUAACUGGUGUGCUUGCAGACAAGCGCAGUGUGUAUUGACUGUAUGAAACAUAACUCAUGUUAACAUACGGGCUGAAGAGAACAUGUCGGACAGAGGGCACAGCCUCUCCACAGGCUGCCUUCUUGUCUUGUGAAACAUUGUAAAUACCAAAUACUGUGACUGCACAGCAGAGAGUUCUGCUUCAUUUCACCAGAACUCUGAUAAACAGCAGCUUGGCCUAACCCCUGUUAUUCUUCAUUUUCAGCCCAUAAACUCCUACGAUAGGAGGGUUUUAUGUUUCUUGACGUGCAGAGCUUGACUUCGACACCUUAAGCACUGUGAUUUAUCCUCUUUUCCAGUGUUGCUUUAUUGUCGUCUCGCUCCAGACAAGAUGGAGCUAUAGUCACAGGAAAGGCUGAGGGCAAUUAUAUAAUACUUUAUGAUUUCACAUAAAUUCAUUAAUACUGAGGCCUCCGACAUCCCAGGAUUAAUGAUAAUCCAACAACAAAGACAAUUCUGAUGGUGUGAUUGGCUGGGUAUUUGCAGAGGGGAUUCCAUUAGAAUCCAUCCUAAUAAUCCAUCUUUGUUUGAAGUUUGAACGGUUCUCUCAAGCUGUUCACUUCUCAUGUGAACAGCGUUUACUUGAGCUACAGAAAGCUGGUUUCAGGAAUGCAUAUGUUAAGAUUAAAUGCAUGCUAAAUUUUGACAUCAUAUUUUUUUGUGAAAAUUUAAGCUUUUUGCCCCUAAAUCUGCAGACAGAAAAUACUUCUAAUAUUGCUCUGAGACUUUUAACAGAUAAGUUAAAAGAUGCUAGCACAAGUCCCCCUCAAGUUUUGGGGGGGACUUGUGCUGCUUUCGGCAAUUUUGAUAAAAGGAAAUACUCUUGGAAAGACUUUGUGUCAUUAUCAUAAAAUAAUUUGAAUAUUCCAUUGUGUUGCUUCAAUAGUAUUAUUAUCGUCAUAACACAAAUGGAUACGACAUUGUUAUAUUUACUAAAGAACAAAGUAUUUACUGUAUACUGUACUAUGAUUCAGUAAAAAAGGGAGCUGUGUUGAUUUAAAAAAAUGUUUGUGUGUAAAUUAUGAUGCUGAUGUUUUUCUGCAGGAUGUCAGACAACUGUAUAUGUUUUAUAUCUAUGGCAUCAAUAUUACAAUUUAUU